AUGGGUCGCGAGAACUUGACUUGGUACCUCGCCGAGAGGCCCAAGGCCGACAUCGUCGUCGGGGAGACCUUUAGAAGCGAGAAGGCCGAGGCGCCUACCGCUGACCAGCUCAAGGACGGCCAGAUCCUGGUCGAGGCGUUGUAUCUAUCCCUAGACCCUGCCAUGAGAGGGUGGUUGAACGAUGUCCGAUCAUACAUUCCCCCCGUCGCCAUCGGCGAGAAGAUGCGCGGUUCGGCCAUCUCCCGUGUGUUGGCCAGCAAGAGCUCCAAGGUCAAGGCGGGCGAUCUGGUGAACGCCAGUGUGGGCUGGGCACAGGUCGGCAUCGUCGACGAGAAGAUGUUCGAGGUGGUCGAAGUGCCUGCCAACGGCAAGGUCACCGAUGCUCUUGGUGUCUUGGGACUCACCGGUUUGACCGCCUACUUCGGCAUGGCCAAGAUCGGCCUGCCCAAGGCCGGCGAGACCGUCGUCGUCUCGGGCGCCGCCGGCGCCACCGGCUCCGUCGUGGGCCAGAUCGCCAAGCUGAAGGGCGCGCGCGUGGUCGGCAUUGCUGGCACGGACGAGAAGUGCGCGUGGCUGAAGAACGAGCUGGGCUUCGACGUGGUGCUCAACUACAAGUCCGCGUCGUUCAAGAAGGACUUUGAGCAGGCGACUCCCAACUUCAUCGACGUCUACUGGGACAACGUGGGCGGCGAGAUCCUGGAGCUGGCGCUCAACCGCGCCGCCUUCCACUCGCGCUUCGUCAUGUGCGGCAGCAUCUCGGGCUACAACGCCCCGGGCAAGGAGAGCAAGGGCAUCCGCAACCUGUUCCAGGUCACGGCCCAGCGCAUCCGCAUGGAGGGCUUCAUCGUCUUCGACUUCCUGAGCGAGUACGCCGCCGCCCGCCGGGAGAUCAGCCAGUGGCUCGCCGAGGGCAAGCUCAAGCGCAAGGAGACCAUCGUCCAGGGCGGCCUCGAGAACGUCGAGCAGGCCUUCCUGCAGCUCUUCCAGGGCCAGAACAUGGGCAAGCUGCUGGUCGAGGUCAAGCCGUACGAGGAGAAGGUGGGUGCCCGGCUUUAA